CAUAUUCCAAAUAAAUCUCAUCAGGUCCAAUCUGUUGCUAUUCUGUCUCAACACGAAGGAGAUUUCCUCAAUAAUCAAUGUUUUUCAUAGUAAUGCAUGUUGCAUGUUGUUUUUUCACUGAGAUACUAAACACAAAUCAACUGAGACUUCAUAAUGAACGAGGAAACAAAGUCCAGCUGCUCCUCUUCCUGGAAUGAAUAAAAAAGUCUGAUCACCCUCCAUCUUCUUCCUGCUCUCAAACACAGAGAGCUCCACCCCGUCCACACAUUUCCUGGUUCCCUCCCCUUUAGAUCUACAAGUUGAAGAUGGGUGGAACCAACAUGUGGUGAAGUGUCAGAGCUGACAGGCCCCGUUCACUGUGCAGACACAUGUUGUUGAGAUCAGAGCUCAGACUUCAGUUUCACUUCUCACACACUGAAACUCAGACAGUCGUUCGUCACUGAGAGGUGAAAUGGCGCAGAAAGGAGUUGAGCUGGAGCGGGAAUCCCUCUCUUGUUCCAUCUGUCUGGAUCUACUGGAGGAUCCGGUGGCUAUUCCCUGUGGACACAGCUACUGUAUGAGCUGUAUUAAAACCCACUGGGACAAAGAGGAGAAGAGGAUCUACAGCUGCCCUCAGUGUAGACAGACCUUCACACUGAGACCUGUCCUGGUGAAAAACACCAUGUUGGCUGAUUUAGUGGAGCAGUUGAAGAAGACUGGACUCCAAGCUGCUCCUGCUGAUCACUGCUACGCUGGAGCUGAAGAUGUGGCCUGUGAUUUCUGCACUGGGAGAAAACUGAGAGCCGUCAAGUCCUGUUUGGUUUGUUUGGUCUCUUAUUGUGAGAAACACCUCCAACAUCACUAUGAUGUUCCUCCGUUAAAGAAGCACAAGCUGGUGGACCCCACCAACAAGCUCCAGGAGAACAUCUGCUCUCAUCACGAUGAGGUGAUGAAGAUGUUCUGCCGCACUGAUCAGCAGUGUAUCUGUUAUCUCUGCUCUGUGGACGAACAUAAAGGUCACGACACAGUCUCAGCUGCAGCAGAAAGGACCGAGAGGCAGAGAGAGCUCGAGCUGAGUCGACAACAAAUCCAGCAGAGAGUCCAGGACAGAGAGGAAGAUGUGAAGCUGCUUCAACAGGAGCUGGAGGCUGUCAAUGGCUCUGCUGACAAAGCAGUGGAGGACAGUGAGAAGAUCUUCACUGAGCUGAUCCGUCUGGUGGAGAAAAGAAGCUCUGACGUGAAGCAGCAGAUCAGAUCCCAGCAGGAAACUGAAAUGAGUCGAGUCAAAGAUCUUCAGGAGAAGCUGGAGCAGGAGAUCACUGAGCUGAAGAGGAAAGACGCUGAACUGAAGCAUCUCUCACACACAGAGGAUCACAACCAGUUUCUACACAACUACCCCUCACUGACACCACUCAGUCCGUCUACACACUCAUCCAGCAUCAACAUCCAUCCUCUCAGGUACUUUGAGGCUGUGACAGCAGCUGUGUCAGAGGUCAGAGGUCGACUACAGGACGUCCUGACUGAGUCAGAGACAAACAUCUCACUGACAGUGACUCAAGUGGAUGUUUUACUGUCACAACCAGAGCCCAAGACCAGAGAGGAAUUCUUAACAUAUUCACAGGAAAUCACACUGGAUCCAAACACAGCAAACAAACGUCUGUUAUUAUCUGAGGGAAACAGAAAAGUAACAUAUAUGAAUAAAAGUCAGUUUUAUUCUAGUCACCCAGACAGAUUCACUGAUUGGCCUCAGGUCCUGAGUAGAGAGAGUCUGACUGGACGUUGUUACUGGGAGGUGGAGUGGAGAGGAGGAGUUAUUGUAGCAGUCACAUACAAGAAUAUCAUCAGAGCAGGGAGGUCAAGUGAAUGUUUAUUUGGAUUCAAUGACAAAUCUUGGUCGUUAAAUUGUUAUGAAAACACUUAUAACUUUUAUUACAACAGAAUCAAAACUCCAGUCUCAGGUCCUUGGUCCUCCAGAGUCGGAGUGUACCUGGAUCACAGUGCAGGUGUUCUGUCCUUCUACAGCGUCUCUGACACCAUGACUCUCCUCCACAGAGUCCAGACCACAUUCACUCAGCCGCUCUUUGCUGGAGUUUAUCUUUAUAAUGUAGGAUCCACAGCUGAGUUCUGUAAACUCAAAUAGACUUGAGUCAUUUGAGAAAUCCAUGUCUCAGUCUUAUAGAAGUAAGCUUUGCUUGCUGUUGAAAAACAUAAUACAGCCAAAAAUGCGUUAGCCGAAGAAAAAAGGACUGAAAUAUGUUUGUUUUUUAUUGUACAGAACAUGAACACCCCUUUGCGCUCCAUGAUCUCAGUCUUAAAAAGACCUUUAGCAGGUUCUCAGGCUCCGUUUGGCAGCAGGGAGCCGUCGCGUCCUCAGAAGUAACCGGACAUUGACUCAAUUUACACCCGUCUCAUACUCUCUCUCCACUGGCUCCCGGUUCGAUUCACAAUCGACAGGGCGUUGCGUUCUUCCGGCCGAGUCCUGAGGUCGAGGUAUAAGCCGUGGGGGGUCGUGGACCUCCGCAGUUGCUGCUCCAAAGCUGCGGAACAAAUUUUCCUCUGACUUACGCUCUUCUCCCUGACUUAGCACUUUUUAAAUCCAACCUUAAAACGUAUCCAGAAUUGGCUCUUGACACUUAGUGCUGUGACAUUGUGUAUCUCUGUCUGAUUUUUAUUGUUUGUUAUACUCACUUUGGAUAACUGGUGGUUGCUGUAAAGGGCUAUAGGAUCAAAUGUUGAUUGAUUGAUUGAUUGAUUUGUAAAGUAUGAACGUGUCUAUUAAACUUACUGUAACAGUGA